GGGCCUCAAGUGGCUUUCGACUGGAGCGAGACUGCGGCGCAUGCGCGGUGCGGCGGGUCUGACCUUCAGUGGCCGGGAAGGAGGCUGAAGAGGCCACGGGAGGGAAGGAAGGAGGAAAGGCGGGAGGGAUCGAAGCCGCCCCCGGCCGAAGAUGCUGUCCCGAGGAGCAGUCGUGGCCGGAGGGGCCCUGGUCUUGCAACCUCAAUGGGUCCAAGUUAGGAAUAUGGCAACUUUGAAAGACAUUACCAGGCGCUUAAAGUCUAUCAAGAACAUCCAGAAAAUAACCAAGUCCAUGAAGAUGGUUGCUGCUGCAAAGUAUUCCAGGGCGGAACGGGACUUAAAGCCUGCAAGAGUUUAUGGAACAGGGGCUCUGGCUCUCUAUGAGAAGGCCGAAAUCAAGGCACCAGAAGACAAGAAGAAGCACCUCCUGAUUGGCGUGUCCUCUGACCGUGGGCUCUGUGGUGCCAUCCACACUUCGGUGGCUAAAAACAUCAAGAGUCAAAUUUCUGCUCUGACGAAUGUGGGCAAGGAGGUCAAGGUGAUCGGAGUGGGCGACAAGCUCAGAGGCCUUCUUCAAAGGACACACGGCAGUAACUUCCUGUUGAACUUCAAAGAAGUUGGGAGAAAGCCCCCCACUUUUGGAGACGCUUCCGUCAUCACCUUGGAGCUGCUGAACUCGGGAUACGAAUUUGACGAGGGAUCAGUCAUCUUCAAUCGGUUCAGGUCAGUCAUCUCAUACAAGACAGACGAGAAACCAAUCUAUUCUCUCGAGACGGUUUCAGGUGCUGAAAGCAUUAGCAUCUACGAUGACAUCGACGCAGACGUCCUGCGAAACUAUCAGGAAUAUACGCUGGCCAACAUCAUCUUCUACUCCUUGAAGGAGGCCACCACCAGUGAACAGAGUGCCAGGAUGACGGCCAUGGACAACGCCAGCAAAAACGCCUCUGAGAUGAUUGACAAGCUGACUCUGACGUUCAAUCGCACCCGGCAAGCUGUCAUCACCAAAGAGCUGAUCGAGAUCAUCUCUGGAGCCGCCGCUCUGCACUAGGGGCAAAUCGGGAAGCGAAUCCCAGCCAGAGUCCACAGGUAAAGAAGAGGAACAGUUCCAGCAACUGGUAUAUCCUGCUUCCUUUCCAAAAAGACAAAAUUGUUGGAUCGUCAUUGGAUCGUGAAGAAAGAUUCUCAGGCAAAGCUCCCGAGUGUUUGUAAAUCAUAUUACAAUAAAGUCCUACGUGGAA